GAGUAUGAUGAUAACGAAGCGGCCAGAGUCGGAUGACAUUGUUUGCGUUUCCCCGACUCAACUCAAAGACCAUUGCACCCGCUUACCUUUCAAAACCUGAAUUCGCACACUUUCGGAAACCUCAAAAACUUGAUCAAUCCUUCCUACAAUCAUGGCGGUGUUGCUGGAAGACAUAGUACAGGCUUUGGAGAUGUGGCUGAAACUUAUUAAGAAGCCGCAGGAGCAACUUUUCGUUGACUCUAAUCUUGAUCCUGUUCUAUUGGUCCCUGGAAUUGCUGGUUCUAUUCUCGACGCUGUUGAUCAAAAUGGCCAUAUUGACCGCGUCUGGGUUCGAAUUUUCGCUGCUGAUUAUGUCUUUCGCACCAAACUCUGGUCUCGAUUUGACCCUUCUACUGGUAAAACGGUAUCUUUGGAUUCUAAUACGAACAUUGUAGUGCCUGAAGAUCGAUAUGGACUGUAUGCAAUUGACGUCCUUGACCCCGACCUGAUCCUUGGAAGGGAAGGUGUGUAUUAUUUUCAUGAAAUGAUAACAGAAAUGAUCAAGUGGGGGUUUGAAGAGGGGAAAACACUGUUUGGCUUUGGCUAUGAUUUUCGGCAAAGUAAUAGAUUGCAGGAAACAAUGGAGCGUUUUGCUGCAAAGUUGGAGUCAAUUUACACUGCAUCAGGCGGAAAAAGAAUAAACAUAAUUAGCCAUUCUAUGGGUGGCAUUCUUGUUAAAUGUUUCAUGUCCCUGCAUGGCGAUGUGUUUGAGAAGUAUGUGAAGAAUUGGAUAGCAAUUGCUGCUCCAUUUCAAGGUGCUCCUGGAUAUGUCACUUCUGCAAUGUUGAAUGGUUGUUCAUUUGUUGAGGGAUGGGAGCAGAACUUCUUCAUAUCCAAAUGGAGCAUGCACCAGCUGCUUGUUGAAUGCCCUUCAAUCUAUGAAUUGAUGGCUUGUCCCAAAUUUCAUUGGCAAGAUCCCCCACGUCUUGAAAUUUGGAGGAAGAAGCAUGAUGGUGAUGGGAACUCCCUUAUAAUGUUGGACUCAUAUACUCCAGAGGAAAGUAUAACUAUCUUUGAGAAGUCUCUAUCAAGAAAUACGGUUGACUAUGUAGGUGGCAGUAUGCCUCUUCCAUUCAACAUGGACAUACUAAGUUGGGCUAGUGAAACUAAGGAGAUAUUAUCUUGUGCAAGGGUUCCUCCAAAAGUCAAAUUUUAUAAUAUCUAUGGAACCAGUCUUGAUACUCCUCACAGCGUUUGCUAUGGCAGUGAGGACUCACCUGUUACGGAUCUAGAACAGCUGAGAUAUAAUCAGGCCAAAUUCAUUAGUGUUGAAGGCGAUGGGACUGUUCCAGCAGAAUCUGCAAAGGCUGAUGGGCUCAAUGCUGAAGCUAGGAUUGGAGUACCUGCGGAACACCGUGGCAUCCUUUCUGACCAUCAUGCGUUUAGAAUACUGAAGCACUGGCUAAAUGCGGGAGAACCUGAUCCCUUCUAUGACCCUCUGAAUGAUUAUGUGGUGCUGCCCACGGCUUUUGAACUUGAAAGGGUCAAAGAGAGAUGCUUCCAAGUAGCGAAGGAAGAAUGGGAAGUUAUACCUAAAGACUUGAAUGUGCAUGAUGAGAAUGUGGAAGUUAAGGAGCAUCAGAUAAGUUUGAUAUCAGUUUCUGAGGUAGCAAGUCAUGUUUCUCGCGUCUCUGUGCAGUAAAGCUCAUGCUGCUUAAUACCUCUAAAAUUGAGGGGAACGCAGCCAUUAAAGGUGAUUUCUGGUAAGCAUUCUUCUGGUCAAAUGUGAGAUGUCUUGUGCCAGGCCUGCUGGCAUGCCAGUUCAAAGGUGUUGCAGUUAAGAAAACCUAGCAGUAACAUGCAUUGCCAUUGUUAAAUGUUCGAGUUUAGUUUAUGUGUAAACUAUGAUUUUCUGGAUGACUUCGUUCAGUAGUAUGAUACAUUUGAACAUGAAUGUAAAUACAAAGUAAUGUAAUAUAAAUGUAGAUACAAAAUGAUGUAAUAUAAAUGUAAAUACUGAACAAUGUGGAUCAGAUUGUCAGAGGGAGAACGGACAAACACUCAUUUGUAUCUCUAAGGAAUUUUAG